GUGGAAGUUAGUGUUCUUGAAUAAUGUGUUGACAGAUGUAGAACAGAUUACAGGAUGCUGUAACUGCUGUUUGGAAAAGGGUUUGAGUAUGUGAGAUUGAAGAAUUAGUGGGCUGUGUGCUAGCAGAAAUGUAUUUGACUCGAAGGAAACCGGCGCUGUAUCUUAGAGAAGAGAGCAGGUCAGGCCUUUUUCUUGGGAUUCUGCCAAGGAAAUGCACCAUCUUCAAAUUGUUUCUGACUUGCCUAUUACUGGGAUUCUUAUCUAUGCUCUGGUUACAGUUCAGCUGCACAGGAGAUGUCAAGAAUUAUGAAGAUAAAUCUCCAAAGCAGCCCUGUCCCUCAGUUCCUAGGACUAUAAGUGAGGAUCCCUCAUGGAGUCCUCACCGUCUAGCCUUACUUGUUCCAUUUAGGGAACGAUUUGAGGAACUCCUAAGCUUUGUACCCCACAUGCAUCAGUACCUGUCUGAGAAGAAAAUCCGCCACCAUAUAUUUAUUAUAAAUCAAGUGGAUCGUUUAAGGUUCAACAGGGCUACUCUGAUAAAUGUGGGCUUCUUAGAGAGUGGCAAUGAAACGGACUACAUUGCUAUGCAUGAUGUUGACCUGCUACCUCUUAACCCGGAUCUAAAUUAUGGGUUUCCAGAAAAGGGACCUUUCCAUGUGGCUUCCCCAGAACUUCACCCUCUGUAUCAUUACAAGACCUAUGUUGGAGGAAUCCUUCUCCUCACCAAACAGCAUUAUGAACUGUGUAAUGGAAUGUCCAAUCGGUUUUGGGGAUGGGGUCGUGAAGAUGAUGAGUUUUACAGAAGAAUCAAAGGAGCUGGUCUCCAGCUCUAUCGUCCCACUGGAAUAACAACUGGAUACCAAACCUUCAGACACAUUCAUGACCCUGCGUGGAGAAAGCGAGACCAGAAACGGAUUGCUGCUCAGAAGCAGGAACAGUUUAAAGUGGACCGUGAAGGGGGAUUACACAGUGUCCAGUAUCGUGUGGAAACUCGAUCCGAGUUAACCAUUGGCGGUGCUCCAUGUACGGUGCUGAAUGUACUGCUGGAUUGUGACAUGGCUGAGACCCCAUGGUGUGCUUUUAGCUAAAUUCAUAAUAUAUUUUUUGAGUGAAAUGACUGCGGAGAGAGUCUGCUUUCCUGUCAGACACGUGAAUCUGUAGCUAGAUAUGAACUGUAAGAAAUUUUAUAUAUUCUAAUAAAAUGAUGGAAAAUC